GAGGUUUAGAUAAGAGAAGAAGGAAAGAGAUGGGCUGGGCAACUGCAGCUCCGCUUCUAUCACUGCCUCCUCCCAAGCUUCACUCUUCCCCUUCCUUCCUCUCUUCUUCUUCGUCUUCGAUUUCGAGUGUUAGGGUUUCAAAAACCAGUAGUAUACAUUUUUCUUCUGCUUCGCCAUUUUUGUCCUCAGAAAAGCACCAGAUAUGCAGAGCAGCGGGCGAAUACAAAUUUCCCGACCCAAUUCCUGAUUUCGCUGAUGCCGAGACAGAAAAGUUCAGGACCCAUCUGCUGAACAAGCUCUCGAAGAAAGAAAUGUAUGAAGACUCUGUCGAAGAAAUCGUAGGCAUCUGCACUGAGAUAUUCAGUACUUUCUUGCAUACCGAGUAUGGUGGUCCUGGGACACUCUUGGUGGUUCCAUUCAUUGACAUGGCUGAUACUCUAAAUGAACGGGGAUUACCUGGAGGCCCCCAAGCAGCUCGUGCGGCAAUCAAAUGGGCGCAAAAUCAUGUCGACAAGGACUGGAACGAAUGGACUGGUGGUGAUGAAAGUUAACAGGAAGCUCAAGCUCGUGUUAUGCAAGGUUGUUUCGUUGUAGUUUGCUAGUUUAAGGAUAGGUUAUGGAGUUGAUCAAGCAGUUUUGGUAUCUGUUGUGCUUGUAAAACCGAUGGCAAGGGAAAUUUGGAAGUGUAUUAGUUGCUUUUGUUGUAACAUUAUGCUGUGAAUCUGUUCCUGGUCUAUCAAUAAAAAGCUGUUCCUUCUU